AUGGGUCUGGUAAUUUAGGACCUGGUGGUGCUGGACAAGGAGGUGCUGGCUUUGGGCAAGGAGGUGUUGGAACAGAUGGUGCUGGCUUUGGACCUGGCGGUGCUGGUGCCAGGACAGGUGGUGCUGGCUUUGGACCUGGUGGUGCAGGAACCGGUCCAGGCGGCUUUGGACCUGGUGGUGCAGGAACCGGACCAGGCGGCUUUGGACCUGGUGGUGCAGGAACCGGACCAGGCGGCUUUGGACCUGGUGGUGCUGGUGCCGGUACAGGUGGUGCUGGCUUUGGACAAGGAGGUGCGGGAACCGGACCCGGCAGAUUUGGACCUGGUGGUGGUGGUGCCGGUGCAGGUGGCGCUGGACAAGGAGGUGCUGGCUUCGGACCUGGCGGUGCUGGACAAGGAGGUGCUGGACCCAGACCAGGCGGCUUUGGUCCUGGCGGUGCUGGCCAAGGAGGUGCUGGCUUCGGACCGGGUGGUGCUGGUGCCGGGACUGGUGGCUUCGGACCGGGUGGUGCUGGUGCCGGAGGUGGUGCUGGUACCGGGACAGGAGGUGCUGGACCAGGUGGUGCUGGACAAGGAGGUGCUGGGGGGGCUAGUUUUGGACCCGGGAGCACUCAAGGUCUCGGACCAAGAAAACCAUCUAAAUCAGGUUACGGAUCCUCAUCUCUGGGUGGAACCGGCUAUGGGCCAGGCGGGGCAGGUGCUAACGCUGGGGGAGUCGGUCAUGGUCCCGGAGGAGUCGGACCAGGUGGGUACCAACCUGCAGGAACUGGCACGGGAGGUUACGGGCCCGGAGGUGCUGGACAAGGCAGAUAUGGACCAGCAGGUGGGGCUGGUGGAUUUGGCCCUGGUGGACAGGGACUAGGAACAAGAAAAGCUCCGAAAUCGGGUUACGGUUCCUCAUCCGGUGGAACAGGCUUUGGACCAGCAGGUGGUGCCAUUGGAGGUUUUCCCAGUGCAGGAACAGCAGGUGGAGUGGGAGGAGGUGCAGGAGGUAAUC